AUGCGAGGACCUCGGCCAACUGUCGAGCGGCUCGACCAGCCGAGCGCCUAUUUCACCAGCCGGAACAAGCGGAGGCGAUUUGAAAAGGAACAACGCGACGGAGAUGAUGAUAGUAACAUGCAAAACGAGCAGACAGAGGAAGAUCUGCUUAAGAACGCGACCACGCUCUACGUCGGCAACCUGUCCUUCUAUACCACCGAAGAGCAAAUAUACGAGCUCUUCUCCAAAUGCGGCGAGAUCAAGCGGCUAGUCAUGGGCCUCGACCGAUUCAACAAGACGCCGUGCGGCUUCUGCUUCGUCGAGUACUACACCCACCAGGACGCGCUCGACUGCAUGAAGUACAUUGGGGGCACCAAGCUGGACGAGCGCGUCAUCCGGACCGAUUUGGAUCCCGGAUUCACAGAGGGCCGGCAGUACGGCCGGGGCAAGUCGGGUGGACAGGUGCGAGAUGAGUACCGCGAGGACUACGACGAGGGCCGCGGCGGCCUUGGGCGGGCGAUUCAGGCGGCACGGAUGAGAGAACGCGAGACCAGGGACUACGAUGAUGACUAUGGACGGCUGAGAUAG